UUGGCCCGCGCUCCCGUCAAUCAUAAAGCAAUGCCACAGGAUAGAUUAGGCACCAUUUGCCAUAACUAAAUAGUUACCUUGUACAUCAAGUAGGAGGAUUUUUUUUAAUUGGUAGCCCACCGCGGUCGGCGGAGAGUUACAGUUCGUUCUUCGCUGAAAAGCUUCCGUGCGUUGUGAAUGCAACAAAGUGUGACGUUUGAAUCUCCCGUCUCAUCAAACAGAUGUGGAUACACUGCUCGGGAGCUGCCCAGCUGAGGUGAAGGGGAGGGCAGAGGACCCCAGUUCAGCCUGAGUGUGGAUGACCAGCCCCCAGAAACAGGACCAUGAUCUGAAGAGGGCGCCGCACACUGAACCCUGUUCUUCCUCUCCUCCUUCUCCCUAUCUUUUUUCUUUAUUUCUUUUUUUUAUUUUUUUAUUUACGGUGUGACAGCAUCACUGCCCGGCUGCUUCCAACAGUGUCUGUGUGCACGGAGAGGACAGAGACAAGACAUUUUAAGGAGGAAGAAAAACAACAACAGCCAUCUCUGACCUCUGACCUUGCCACUCCCCCUUGCCCCUCCCACCGCAACACCGGAAACAUGGGGAGGAAAAAGAUCCAGAUUCAGAGGAUCACUGACGAACGCAACAGACAGGUGACGUUCACCAAGCGGAAGUUCGGUCUGAUGAAGAAAGCGUACGAGCUGAGCGUCCUGUGCGACUGCGAGAUCGCCCUCAUCAUCUUCAACCACUCCAACAAGCUGUUCCAGUACGCCAGCACCGACAUGGACAAGGUCCUGCUCAAGUACACCGAGUACAACGAGCCGCACGAGAGCCGGACCAAUGCGGACAUCAUCGAGGCUCUGAACAAGAAAGAGCACCGGGACUCUGAGAGCCCAGACCCCGAGGAGCCCUUCUCCCUCACCCCCCGCACUGAGGAGAAAUACAAAAAAAUUGACGAGGAGUUUGAUAAAAUGAUGCAGAACUAUAGGCUGUCAUCUACAGUCCCACAGCCCACCUUCUCCAUGCCAGUCACCGUGCCAGUAUCCAAUCAGAACGCAGCAGCGGCGGCAGCCCUCCAGUUCAGUAACAACCCCGGCGGCGCCCUGGUCACCACCACCUCCUUUGUCACCUCCACCCUCACAGACCCCCGCCUCCUGUCGCCACAGCAACCAGCUCUGCAGAGGAACACCGUGUCGCCAGGGUUACCACAGCGACCUGCGAGCGCAGGUGCUCUGUUAGGAGGAGAUCUGGGGAAUUCAAACGGAGCGUGCCCGAGUCCAGUCCCUAAUGGCUACAUCAGUGCCAGGGCCUCCCCGGGCCUCCUCUCCGUAUCCAACGGCAACAGCCUGGGGAAAGUAGUCCCGGCUAAGUCUCCGCCUCCGCCCAGCCCUCAGAUGGUCAACAGCCGCAAGCCGGACCUGAGGGUCAUCACCUCGCAGAGCGGCAAGAGCCUCAUGCAGCUGACAGAGGAAGAGCUGGAGUUGGUGAGUGAGAAUGCUCAGCGGCUAGGUGGCUCCCAGUCGCUCACCACACCAGUGGUCUCCGUGGCAACACCCAGUCUCCUAGCGCCCUUCUCCGGCAUGCAGACGGCCUACAACACCGAGUACCAGCUGACGAGUGCAGAUCUCACAGCGCUCCAGACGUUCACACCACCAGGGCUGGUGCCUGGCAACAUGGCUGCCUGGCAACAGCAACCAGCAGUCUCCCAGCAACAACAGCAGCAGCAGCAACAACAGCAACAGUCGCAGCAGCUGAGCUUGGCGUCGCUCAGUAACUUGGUCAUGUGGGGUGCAGAGAAACAGAAUGCGGAGAUGGUUAACUGCAUCUCCAAUUUUGCUGCUAACCUGAGCUUGGCCUCUCAGUCCAACUUGCUCUUUGGCAGGGAGGACGGCCUCUGCUGGCCGGUGAGCCACAUAACUCAGGGCGCCGCACUGACAGUCAACACAAACCCCAACGUCAACAUCAAGUCCGAACCCGUCUCACCAAACCGCGACCGCAGCACCCCCAGCUCCACCUGCGGCGGCGGUGGAGGCGGAGGAGGCCAGGGUCAAGUCCAGGGACAAGGUCUGGUGACGGUCGCCUACCCGGGUACCCUGCGCCUGGAAGCGGGAGGUCAAGGCCGCUCGCCAGUCGACAGCCUCAGCAGCAACGGCAGCUCAUAUGAGGGCAGCGACCGGGACGACGGCACCCAGGGACGAGGCGGGGGUCUGGACUUCCACCACCAGGCCAGCGCCGGGGCCCAGCAGCCCACCAUGGUCCUCCUGCGGCCCUCUUCGGCCGAGCCCCAGGAGCAGGACGGGACCAACGUCAAGAGAAUGAGACUGGAUACCUGGGUCACAUGAAGAGAUGAGCGGAGAGGGAUGGAUGGACGGACGGACAGAUGGAGGAUGGAGAUGGAGAUGUGUACUUGUGGCUUGUGUACAUGCCCCCACCAGCCCUGAUGCCCCUGAUCUCCUUCCCCAUGCAUACACACACACACACACACACACACACAACAUAUAAAUAUAUAUCCCCGCCAUCGACCCAGUAACCUGCUGUCCACACAGGAAACACUGACCUCACACACACACACACACACACACACACACACACACACACACACACAACAAGCAUGCUGACACACUCAUGUCGCACGUAUGGACACUGACACGCACCUGUACGCCAAUGUGCAUACACAUUUGAACUCUAAUGUACUUUCACUCACACACAUACACAGAACCCCGAGGGGUUGAGCCACCAAACCAGGGAUUAUUCAAAACAGUUCCAGUGUUGGACUUUAUUCAGCUGUAUUUGAGUGGAAGUGAAUGAGUACGUUUUUAAUCAGGCCUAUUUCACCCGAGCCGCUGGCAGAGCAGACAAACCUGGUUUCCCAGCAUGCCCUGCAUUAGCUUAGCGGCUGGUGGUAUGCUCCCGCUUUCUCGUCCUUACUGUUCAUCAGUAGGUUUUGGUCAACCACAAACUGCACUGCAUUGAGCCAGUGCCACCAAAUGAGUCCACAUGUUUGUACACAUCGGCCCGACCACGGUUGUAUCGCUGUCGCUCUAGAGUCUUGUUUCUUUUCUAAGAGCCUCGGGCCAUUUUGCUCUUUUUAAAGCGUGGAGUUUUGUCCUUCUGUCUCGACUGUUGAUCUUUAGAGUUUGGAUUCGCUUCAGUUUUUGAAUAUGAAGACACUAAAAAGAAAAACUCCCUCCCCAGCCGAGCCGGUGGCCGCGUCAACAACAGGCCCGGCACUUUGGCCCUGUACAAGACUGACGACCCCCGGGUCUUCGUUUAAUCUGAAACAUGCAGACUAGCUGUCAAACGAGGAACACGAUUUGUUGCCGACGUAAAAGACUGCUUUUCUUUGAAUCAGGGACGAGCUGCAAGAGCUCAAUGACACAUGACGCAGAUACUCCUAGUUUUGCCCACAUCUUGUCAACUCCAGAUGCUGAGAAAGGCAUGUGUGUGUGUGUGUGUGUUUGAUGUGUGUGUGUGUGUGUGUGUGUGUGUGUGUGUAUACGGGUUUGUUACCUCAACUGGUCGUUUUUUAACAAAGUGAUUUGGGCAAAUGUUCAUUCUCAAUUUCAUCCUUGAACACACACCUGCAAUGCACACAGCUGAAAUUAUUUUUGUGAAGCGACUCAUGUUUUGAAUAGAUAGCUGAUGUUCAAAGGGGAGAUUCGUGAGGUACCAUGUAUAUAAGCAAUCUGUAACCUUUGUGGCUUUUGUGUGACAGGGAUAAGGUGUUUUGAAGGUAAAAAAAAAAUCAUAUACAAGUAUAUAUUUAAACAGCUUCAGGCGGUAGCGAGGGCAGCUCUGCAUCUGGGGCGACGACGAUAGACGACAGGGAUUGUAUAUAUUAACUAUAUAUUCGGCAGGAUAUCCCUCAACGAAACAGAAAAAAAGCAAACACAUUGAUUCUCAGUGGAUCGGUCUCUUUUUUAUUAUUAUUUAUGCGUGUAUAUAAAGUGUAAUAUGUCGACGAGCCAAGAGAGGGUGCUGUAGAGGCAGAAAGGGAAGACGUAGCCGUGGUGACUCGGACUGUUUUGAGUGAGCAAUGGUUAGGACUGAUGGAGCGCACUUUACCUUUUAACCCCCGCCCCUGACACCUUAACACACCUGAUCCACACACACACACACACACACACACACACACACGUCCUGUACAUACACACUAGGGUUAGACUGAUAUUACUGGCUGGUUUGUUCAAAAUCUAAUAUUCAGCAGAUACAAAUAAAUGUGUGCACUUUUUAUUUAAUCCUAAAAAAAAUCUGUUUUGUUGUAAUUUAAUUUAAAUAAUUUAUUACUGUACAUCAAUGAACCAGAGCUCCCUUUACAACUCUGAGCUGGACCACCUUAAAUAUUUAUCAGUGGCUGCCUGUUUGCAGUUAGUAUAAUUCAUUCAUUGAAUUCACUUUAAGACAAUAUGAGGGGAGAGAAAUUAGUAAAAAUAUCAAAGUACAACCUAAAAGGCUAUUUAAAAGAUAUUUUUAUUUAUAUAUAUUUUUUCAAUUUUAUUUAAAACAUGAAUAACGGCAGAAAGAAUUUGCACGCUCAUUUUAUUUAGUUUAUUGCUAAUUGCAGCAAUUGUAAACCCAAUAAUCAUGAUAGUUUAAUAUCAAUUAAGCAACUAAUUAACCACAGAAAAUAAUCCUAAAUUUAGUAGUUUCAUCUUUUAAAGGCAUCAGCAGCAUGCACAAAACCCCUUUCUGCCUACAUUUAGAGUUGAGUGUCCCAUGAGGGUCUAAACUCCCUCCCAAAAAAUACGUUUGCAGAUAUAAUCCUUACUUAUUGUUAAGUAAUGUUUUGGCAUAUCAAAGUAUUUGCAGCGUCCAUGCCAGCAUCAUCUGUCACAAACAUAUCAGUCGAACUCUAGCAGACACACAGACAGCGUACGAUUAAGCGAUGGAUGUCCCCUGUCCGCCCUUUGUUUUCGAGGUUUCCCCAUUUCCUCCUGUUAGAAGCCAUGUGUGUAUAUUUAAAGGAUCUCUCCUUCGCCUGUCACUGGUUGGCUGUGGUUUUAUAUUACGGAGAGGUAAAAACGACUAUGAAGGUAAAAGAAAUGUGAAGGAUGUCAUUUUUGUACUGCGUAAAAGUGGCAAUGGGUGAUUUAGGGUUUAGUGGGUAGAUUUAGAGGUCAAGAGUGCAAAUUCAUCUAUUUAUUUUUUUUCCUAAAAGCACUCUCAGCCUCCGUCCAUUUGCUUGUUAAAAGCUUUGGAGGCAGUCUGGGUAUCGUUUCGUCGUUAAGCCGGAGGUUUCAGAACGAGUCUUGAUCUUUUAAUGACUACCUCCCAAAUCCAACGCAGACUUGUCGACUUUGGGUUUUACUACAUCCAGCCACCACAUCCUUCUCACGGGCAGGCCCUCUUCACCUCCCUCUCACCCCUGUCACUCACUCACUCACUCACUCAGUCGGGGCUUUUUUUCUCCCCUCUGGAAGUUUAAUCUCAAAACCACACACACACACACACACACAUACAGUUUUCAUCACACACUACUUUUCUGUUUACUCCGUCCAGACAGCGGGUGUCAGCGCUGAAAUGACAAGUCAAAUUAUUUUGGGGGGUCAUUUCCAUGAGUAACACAAACCCCCCCACCCCACCCCAACCCGACACCCCAGCCUCAUCACACACUACUCCCAUCAUCCUCUCCUCACUUCAUCUCUGGUUUUUUUCUCUCCGUCUGUCACUCACACACACUCAUCCACUCUGUGACAAGUCUGAGUGUUAAUAUUGCUUUUCUGAGCGCGUGGCAGAGUGAACAUAAAUCCCCCCCCAAGAGUGUAAACACUUUGACUGUUAAGACUGUUGUACUCUGAGCUCCGAACAAAAAAACAGAAACAAAACUCGACCCCACGUAUUGAGGCCGCAAGCCAUAGGUUUGUCAAAAAAACGAAACAAAAUGGCUUCCUUUUUGCGACGGGAGUUUCGUCAGCGGUCGCGUGAAGCCCUGGCACGUUCUAUAGAGCAACACUAGGGGUCGCUGUAAUCACAAAACCGAAAGACAAUCGUGCUGAGAAAUAGUUUAAAGAACCUGCAUCCCCCCUCCCACACACAGAAAAAAGCGAUACUUGCUCCUGUAUAAUGAUGUUUAGAAGUCUCACUCACUUUCCAGUGUUAAUUUGUGCUGGUGACAGUCUGUUUUUAAUUGUUCUCUGAGAAUUGAUAUUAUUAUUAUUAUCAUCAUUACCACAGCUUACACUGAUGGUAGCUGUCGUGAUGAUAUAGAAAUCUGCGUUUUCUUUUGUGUAGGUUAGGCAUCUUGUUUUAUUUGGAAUUUGAUUUUAUUUUAUUAUAUGAAAAAUAUUCUAUAAAUAUAUUUUUUGUUUUCUCUUUUUCGGGAUUUGUUUUCCUUUCUUCUUCAAAAAAAGGGUGUUACUAAUGUUGCACGAUUUUUAUGACAUGAAACAAACAACACAAGCGUAGUGAUAUUAGUACACGCGUGGCUGUGGACGGAGGCGCCGAACGAGUCGACUGCGACAAACCGCUUCAAUGCUGCAACUUUGAGUCCAAUGUACAAACCUCUCAGUCCACACAUGCUAACAUGGGGUGGGUGGGUGGGUGGGGGGGGGCAGCGUGACACGUCUAACUUAUUUCUGACCAGACACAAUGAUGUCAAUGCAUGGGCGUUUUAAAAACAAGCGAAGAGUGAAUCAUGUUAUAGGAAAUAAAAUGUAAUAUCGACACAAAUAUACAUCACACAGAAAUACAUUUAAGAAAAAAAAAUUGAAGAAAAAAGUUUAAAAUAAAUUAUAGCUAAUAUAUUGUGUUCGGCUAGUCUGCUUUUUUGUUGUAAAGAUAAUUUUUUUGUUGUUUUUGGAGAAUGAUAUACAAUUUGUGUAUAUUUUCAUAAAUAAAGUAUGCACUGAUAUGUUAUUACAAAUUCUAUACUGCUUUUACAAAAAAAAGUGUUUGUUAUUGUACCAAAGUAUCCAUUGGUCCCCUCUUACCCUCCUCCCCUUUUUGCGUAUGUUUUACCGUAUUUUAUAUAUUAAAUAGACAAGUUGACCUACAGAAAA